GUUCAGUUUGCCGCAGGAACCUUUCGUGUUAAGUUGUGAUUUUUCUUCCUUCGAAGGAUUACCAGAACAAAAAUAUAUAAAAAAUUAAAAAAAAAAAAACCGUCAACGUGAAGAGAGAAUUUAAUUUUGAACGGAGUCAUUACAGAAAAAGGGUCAAACCUUUUCUUUUUCUUAAUUUAAAAAGAAUUUUAAAAAAAUGUGCGUUUUGAAAAAAGUUAUGAAGAAUUUUGAAGAAUAAUUACUAAAAGUGUCCUACUUUUGAAUUUUGUUGUUUCUCUAUUGUUCCCCAAGUCCCGCUAGACAAAAAGAAAACUUCUAAAUAUUGAUUUUAUUUUUCCUCAAAUUUCCUCCAAUUCCAUUUCAAAUAAAUUUGUCUAUCCUCCAAGUCCGUCGGAAGAAAAAGAAACAAAAAUUUGUGCGUUCACUCGGUCGUAUACGUAACCUUUUUUUUUUCAACAAACAAAUCUUUUUUAUUUGGUCUCUCCGAUGGUCCUCUCGAUGUUAUAUCCCAAACCGCUUUUAAGAAGUGUCAUCGCUGGUGUUGAUAAUCUCGAAUGAAGAAAGAAAAAAAAAAUAUAUGAGAGUGUGUCCGUGUAACCUACAUUUAACAGAAUUUAAAAGAGAAUUAACCCCUAAAAUAAGGGAGGCCAAGGCAUAGAUAGAAUUUUUGUCGACCCAAAAAGAAUUACGCUAUCCAUCUCUCGUGUAUAAAAAAGUCAAUGGUUUUUUGUUAUUUUUCAUUUCUAUUUUGAGUUAUUUUUUUUUUUUUGUUUUUGUGUUUUAUAUUUUUUACUCGAGUGUUUGUGAGUGAAAUAGAAGAAGAAGAGGAAGAAAAAAAUGCCCUGUCAUAUGACACCCGACAAGAUGAUGAUGAAAAAAAUGUAAAUAACAUGUCAGGAUGUUUAUGCAACGGUGUGGAAGAGUUAAUGAAAUCGUUUUUCUUCGUUUUUUUUUUGUUUUGGAUGGUUUACUAUCCCCACACGAUUUUGUGUAAAAAUCUACUAAAAUAAAACAACAACAAAAAAAAAAUAGAUAAAUAAAUAAAAAUAAAAUAAAACAUGAUUUAGAUUCAAGUUUAUGUGUUGCGUUUAUUAAAAAAGAAAAAAAGGGCAGCAAUAUAAUAUUAUAUACAUUUUGUGUAUGUAAAAAGAAAAGGAUUCUUUGUCCUGCUGAAGAAGGAUUAGAAUGAACAACGAACAUUUGAAGAACGAUCGAUUCGAACCAAGAUCUCCUUUAUUCCACGACGAAAGGAAAACGCCACCAUUAACCCCAGCGCCACCGUCUACUCCCAGAAGUAAGACUAAAGCUAACGUUCAAACUCCAGCUGCAAUGACAGUUUCUGUAACUCAUGUCACGCAGGGUGCAUCAGUCGUCACAACCAGAACCACCACCGCAACAACAACAGCAACCACACAACAACCACCAUCAGCAACGAGUCGCUCCUCCAAAACCACCACAAUGAUGGCCCUUGCAAUGGGACGCUCCCAAAGUCCAGGUAAUUCAAGUGGAUCGGACACCGAUGGUUUUGCAAGUUCCUCAGCCUCGGCAACGGCACUCAGGAGGAUGUACUUUAAAAGUGGGCGCAGUGCCAAGACAAAGCUCAAUUCGACCAUGCCGUGCACCGGCAGCAGUCCAAAUGCCACUGCCUCAAAUGGUACCACCGUCGUAGUCCACCAUAAUUCGGUUGCUGCAUCUAAUGCAACUGUAUCAGGAGGAUACUCUGCUGCAGCACUAUCAUCAUCAAGUGUACCUAAGGUUGUUAUAAUGGGAUCAUCAACGGCCUCCAUGACCGACACGAAUAUCAAUACAUCAACUGAUUCGGCUUCCACUCUUGUGACAAGUGUUGCUGCAACAGAUACCUCAGAGACAUGUGAUUCUUUGGAUAUGGGUGAUACAUCCGGACAGAGUGAACCUAUUUUCAGUUCAAUAGAAGAGCCCCUCCUAACCGCCAUUCAUGGAGGCGGCGACUCCGAACUGGAUUCCAAUGAAAUGGAACUAACCAGCACAAUGUAUUUUGGUCCUCGUAUGAAUGCCCAAGAAAGCAUUGAGAGUCAAGAAUCCUCGCUAUCAAUUCAGGUCGAACCAACGUCUACAACGCCCUUGCUAUCGCAUAAAACCCCCCGAACGGCGCCAUUAUCAAGUAAUUCGUCUAAUCACUUCCCCUUCGACAAACCAAUUUCGCCGAAGAGUGCCCGGACAACGGAAAAAAACAAAUCACUAUUUACAUUCAAAGAGGCGGAAAUUUUCUUAGAAAAACAGAGGCGGAAAUCCGCUUAUGAAACUGUUCAAAAUACCGACGAUGGUUGUCGAAGGGAAAACUCCUCACGAAGCUACAAUUUAAGAAGACGAGAAUCUUCGGCCAAUGAGAAAGAAAAACGCCGUUCAAUUCGAGAAUCUUCACCGGGGAAGAAUAAAUCGCACAAGGAGUCUUCGAAUAACCGAAAUAACCGCUGUUAUGAUGAAGAUGACAUCACCUAUGACUAUGACCAUUCGAAUGAAGACGAUGUCAAGAAACAGAAGAGAGAACCGAAAUUUCGCACAAAAUCGGCUAGUCGCCAUGCAAGCAAUAUGAAAACCAGUCCCAAGAGGGACCGCCGACAGAUCAAUUCCGCUCCAGCUGUAACGUCCAAGGAGAAGUUUUUCAGUAAACAACAACAACUUUCGCCGUCCAGCGGAACCCAUCAUCAACAGCAACAACAACAGCAUACAAAUCGCAAAUACUCUUCCUCGUCAUCGUCCAGCAGUGACCGGAAAGAUAUAACCAUGUUUCCGUUCGAUCGGGAGGCCCUCGAUUAUGAGCGGAUUCAGCGAGAGUGUUUUGCAGUCGACGAAGACCCACACGACUCAAGUUCCACAACAAGUUCCACAGACAGUGAAGAUCAUAAUGCUUCUGUCUACGAACGGAAACCGAUGUAUGUGUCACCAUCCAAGGUGAUCUUAAAUGCCUGUUCGAUCAAGAGCAAUGACAUCUUCCAGCAAUACACUCUUCUGUCGCAACAAGAAACCUUCCAUUCUUACGAACGCAAAGGUUCGAAAAGAAACCGUCCCGAUGCCGUGCACCAUCCCAAAUACCACGAUCACCUGUCCACAUCAGAUGCCUUCUAUCCAAAGCCACCAACAGCUAAUGGCAGUGGUGACUCAGCUACCACAACCGCCAGUAGCAUAACCUCACCAAAAUCACACGCCGAAUUGCAUCGUUUCGACCAGAUCGCCUCGAAGUUCGAUCAGAUACCUCCGAAGGCGGCAGCGGCAAAUGAUCAUCAAUACCAAGGGUCCAAUGCCAAUAUCUAUGGCAGCACCAAUAACACCACCAACAGCACCAGCAACCUUAACAACAACAACAACCGAUGUUCUUCCCCAUCCAAUUUGGCCAAUAACGUAAGCAGUCCGAAUGGAUCAAUGCGUGGCACACCGCCCUUACCUGAUCUGCGAGUUGAUUUCUUCUCGGAAGCGUCCAAAUUGAAUGCGAAAUCAUCAUCACAUCAUCAACUACCUGAGAAGGACCACGCACAGUUUUUACAGCAGCAACACCAUCAUCAUCAUCAACAGCAGCAGCAGCACGACAUUUUGGAUGAAUGCCAGAGAUUAUCAUUAAAUGCUUCCGUUGCUGCUGCUACAGCCGGUAAUGGUGGACCUAUAAAUGUGACUGCCAAUCCGAUGGAAGCAGCAGUUUGUACGCAACCGCGAGCUACUAUAGUCGUUCAACAACCGUCCUUAAGCCUAGAUAGCACAGUAGAAACCUUACUAAUAAAAAGUGAGGGUGAUUUUGUGAGUGUGGAACAAGGCAAGGACUCUCGCAAAAGAAAUUCACAACAGCUUCACAUUCAACAGCAACUUAACCAUCAUCAUCAACAACAGUCGUCACAGCAGCAGCAACAACAACAACAACAAUCACAAACAACACAGCAACAACAACAACAACGUAGGGACGAAAAUAUGAGGCAAUUGCUGGAUGUUACAAACACAUUAACUUUUGAAGAGUUAAGGGAUUUCGAAAUGAGAUAUGGUUCACCACAUCACAGUCGAUCACAAUCGGUUAAAACACCAGGCAGUAGAGCCUCGGGGAGGCCGAACCAAUUAUGCUUGCCUCAACAAAGAUCUCGUGUGGCAUCAAUGCCAAAUACUGGCGUCGAGGAGGAGUAUUAUAGACUGAGACAUUUUUCCAUAACUGGUAAAGGUGUCGUUAAUCGUGGUGAUUCGUUAAAAAGUCGUCGUAGUCGAUCAAAUAAUAGUGUUGCCAGUUCAAAUUCAAGUACUGAACAUUUAACAGCAACACAAAUUCCAGCACCAAGUUCAGCUCGCACUUCAGCUACCUGCAGUUUGGCUUCUAGUCGAGAAAGUAGCACAUCAAAUCCUGGAAGUGGACCAUACAGAGUUCUCAUGCUUGGUGGAUCAGCUGUUGGCAAAAGUUCAUUGGUGUCACAAUUUAUGACCUCCGAAUAUUUGCAUGCCUACGACACAAGUAUUGGCAACACAAAUAUCCAAAUUCGUAUUGAAAAACCGUCCGAUGAUGAUGAUUCUGGUGAAAAAUCUGUUUCAGUUCUUUUAAGCGGAGAAGAGUCAGAACUGAUUUUCAUUGACCAUCCUUACACAGAUAUGACGCCGGAUGACUGUUUGACCAGCUAUGAUCCACAUGGUUAUUGUGUUAUUUAUUCAUCAGCUGACCGUAGCAGUUUCACUAUUGCCGAAAGGGUUUUGCAAGUAUUAUGGACAAAUGAAAACAUUGCACAAAAGGCUGUUAUUUUAGUUGGCAACAAAGCCGAUUUGGCCAGAAGCAGACAUAUUACAUCUGAAGAAGGCAAAGCAAUGGCAACUGCAUACGAUUGUAAAUUCAUCGAGACCUCGGUUGGGAUUAAUCAUAAUGUUGAUGAGCUUCUCGUUGGCCUUCUUUCGCAAAUUCGCCUCAAAUUGGAAAAUCCAGAAAAAUCAAGGGAUUUAUUCAGAAAACGUUCCACAAGGAAAUCAAAGCGAAGAGCCUGUUCACCGUUGGGAGGCGCCUGUUUGACUGGCAACGGUGGCACUAAUCCGAAUACACCCGUAGGACCGGCAAAUAAUGUGAUCACAGAUGUUAGUACGCCACCAGGAAGUUCACAUAGCAGUCCUCGCAAAUACCGUGGAUCACGUACAUCGGCCAGUCUAAAGGUUAAAGGACUCCUGGGACGUGUUUGGGCAAGGGAUUCAAAGUCAAAGAGCUGUGAAAAUUUACAUGUCCUAUAAGCAAAAAAUAAUAAGUAUAUGUAAUUCAGAGUUACUUCAAAAAAAAAACCUAUAUCUGUGUUUAUGGUUUCAUCCCAUCUGUGUUCCGAGUGUUAAAAUAAAUGAACAAACAAAUUAAAUAACCUAUCAAAACAACAACAAGUCCUUGGAGAGAAUAAAUAAAAAAAAAGAACAAGUAUUACAAAAUCCUUUACAUUGUGGUAUAACUAUAUCUUUAUGUUUUAUAAAAAAAAAAAAAGUUUAAAAUAUGAUGACUCUCAUUACGUAAAUUUCGUAUCUUCUAUGUGUAUAAAUGUAUAUCUAUCUUAUCUAUAGCUAAAUAAUGUAUUUCUAAGUUUCACUCACACUUUCUUAUUAAAAUCAAAAAAGUAAAAAAAAAAUCAUUAUGUGGGAAUUAAAAAUAAAAUAAUACAACUUUUAAGAAAGUCCUUCCGCGCGCAACAGUAUCAUUUAUGUAUUUUUGUUUAUAUAAUUUUUGUUACUUUAUUUUAUAAAAAUAAAAAUAUUUGUACAACUUAUAUAAGUAAAUUAAACUAUUCAAC